AUGCAUCUCCCGUGGUGUGUGGAUGAACUGGAGAAAAUACUUGAAUGCAAAGAGACUUAUGGGCAGAUUGUUUUACCAAUCUUCUAUCAUGUGGACCCAUCUGACGUUGAUGAACAGACUGGGAGUUUUGGAGAUGCAUUUGCUGAGCUUGAAAAACUUUUUAAGGGGAAGAUGGACAAGGUGCCAAGUCCGGAGGCCAAACUAGUAAGAGAAGUUGUGCAAACUAUCUGGAAAAGGUUAAAUCGUGCAUCCCCAAGCAAAUUAAGAGGUCUUGUUGGUGUAGAUUCACGCAUUGAGCAAAUCAACAAAUCACUAUCUAUUGUGUCAUCAGAUGUCCGCAUUAUAGGAAUUUGGGGCAUGGGUGGUAUAGGCAAGACAACUAUUGCGGAAGCUUUCUACAAUAGCAUCUCAAGUCAUCAACAUGAAGGCUGCCACUUUCUUCCGAACAUAAGGCAGGAAUCAGACAAGGAUAGAUUAAAUGAUCUACGAGAUGAACUUCUUUCAAAAUUACUGGAGGAAGAAAAUCUUCGCGUUGGCACACCACAUAUACCAUCUUUCAUCAGGGAUAGACUCUGCCAAAAGAAAGUUCUCCUUGUUUUGGAUGAUGUGAAUGAUGUACGACAAUUCCAGCAUUUAAUUGAAGUACCUUUUAUUGGUGCAGGGAGGGUUGUUGUUGUAACAUCAAGAGACGGGCAAGGCAAUGUCUACAUAAAUCAUCACUCUAAAGAUUAUAACGAUGAGAUCAGAUUUUCUGUAAGUAUUUACUUGAAGGAGAAGGAGAAGGAUACGCGCAAUAAUUUUACCAGCCAUCUCUAUGAUGCUUUGUGUCGUAAGAAAAUCAAGACCUUCAUUGAUGAUGGGCUUGAAAGAGGAGAAGAAAUUACCCCUGCCCUUCUGAAAACGAUUGAAGAAUCAAGAAUUUCUGUGGUAAUUUUCUCCAAGAACUAUGCAUCUUCUCCGUGGUGUGUGGAUGAACUGGUGAAAAUACUUGAAUGCAAAGAGACUUAUGGGCAGAUUGUUUUACCGGUCUUCUAUCAUGUGGACCCAUCUGAAGUUGAUGAACAGACUGGGAGUUUUGAAAAUGCAUUUGCCGAGCUUGAAAAAAAUUUCAAGGGGAAGAUGGACAGGGUGCCACGGUGGAGGGCUGGCUUGACAUAUGCAGCCAGUAUAUCUGGAUGGGAUUCACAGGUUACUAGGGAACUAUAUCCGGAGUCCAAAUUAGUGAGAGAAGUUGUGCAAACUAUCUGGAAAAGGUUAAAUGAUGCAUCCCCAAGCAAAUUAAGAGGUCUGGUUGGAGUAGAUUCACGUAUUGAGCAAAUCAACAAAUUACUAUCUAUUGUGCCAUCUGAUGUCCGCUCAAUAGGAAUUUGGGGCAUGGGUGGUAUUGGCAAGACAACUAUCGCGGGAGCUUUCUACGAUAACUUCUCAAGUCAAUAUGAAGGCCACCACUUUCUUCCGAACAUAAGGCAGGAAUCAGAGAAGGGUCGAUUAAAUGAUCUACGAGAUGAACUUCUUUCUAAACUACUGGAGGAAGAAAAUCUUCGCGUUGGCACACCACAUAUACCUACUUUCACCUGGGAUAGACUCUGCCACAAGAAAGUUCUCCUUGUUUUGGAUGAUGUGAAUGAUGUACGACAAUUCCAGCAUUUAAUUGAAGAGCGCUCGUUUGGUGAAGGAAGCGUUGUUGUUAUCACAUCAAGAGACAAGCAAGUACUUAAGAAUGUAGUUGAUGAAAUAUACGAGGUUGAGGAAUUAAACGCCCACGAAGCUCUUCAACUCUUUAGCUUGAAUGCUUUUAAGGGAAACCACCCCCCAAAAGCUUAUAUGGAGUUGUCAAUCAAGGCAAUAAAUUAUGCCAAAGGGAACCCGUUAGCUCUUCAAGUUUUGGGUUCCUUCUUAUUUGGCAGAGAAAGAUAUUUCUGGGAAUCUCAAUUAAAUGAGAUUGAAAGCUUUCCUGAGCUGAAUAUUUAUGACUUGCUGAGAAUAGGCUUUGAUGCACUACGUGAUCAUAACACGAAGAGUAUAUUUCUCGACAUUGCAUGUUUUUUUAAAGGGCAUCGAGUUGAUUUCGUAAGGCGGAUUUUAGAUGGCUGCGGUUUCAAAACAGAUAUUGGAUUCAGUCUUCUCAUUGACAGGUGUCUCAUUAAAAUUUCAGAUGACAAGGUUGAAAUGCAUGAUCUUUUGCAAGAAAUGGCCCAUGAAGUUGUUCGUAAAGAAUCUCUUGACGAGCUGGGAAGACAGAGCAGAUUGUGGAAUCCAAAAGAUGCAUAUCAAGUGUUGACCAAUAAUCUGGGAACUGGAAAAGUUGAAGGGAUAUUCUUGGAUGUUUCAAAAAUAAGAGAAAUUGAGUUGAGUUCUACAGCCUUGGAAAGGAUGUAUAAACUUAGACUGCUAAAAAUUUAUAAUUCUGAAGCUGGAGUUAAAUGCAGAGUGCACCUUCCUCAUGGCCUCGAGUAUCUUUCUGAAGAGUUGAGGUAUCUCCAUUGGGAUGGAUACCCUUUGACAUCUUUGCCUAGCAUGUUUUGUCCACAGAACCUUGUUGAACUUAGCCUGUCAUCUAGCAAGGUUAAGCAACUGUGGAGAGGACAACAGGAUCUCGUCAAUUUAAAAGAUGUCAACCUCAGCAAUUGUGAACACAUAACUUCCCUGCCAGACCUUUCAACGGCCAGAAACCUUGAGAGAUUGAAUCUUCAAUUCUGUAAAAGUUUGGUUGAGUUUCCUUCAUCUGUUCAGCAUCUGGACAAGCUUGUUGAUUUAGAUUUGAGAGGCUGCAAAAGACUAAUCAAUCUUCCCAUUAAAAAACUUGAUCUUUCCGGUUGCUCAAGUAUCACGGAGUUUCCAAACGUUUCAAAUAAUUUAAAGGAGCUGUAUUUAAAUGGGACAGCAAUACGAGAGAUUCCCUCCUCAAUAGAAUGUUUGUUUGAUCUUGCUGAAUUGCACCUGCGAAACUGCAAACAAUUUGAGAUUCUUCCAAGCAGCAUCUGCAAGUUGAGAAAACUGGAGAGGCUUAAUCUCUCAGGUUGCCUCCAAUUUAGGAAUUUUCCAGAAGUUUUGGAGCCGAUGGUAUUUUUGAGAUAUCUCUAUUUAGAACAGACACGCAUAACAAAGUUGCCUUCACCGAUUGGAAAUCUGAAGGGACUUGCGUGCUUGGAAGUGGGAAACUGCAAAUAUCUAAAUGACAUCGAAUGUUUUGUUGACUUGCAACUGCCCAAGAGAUGCGUGGAUUUAGAUUGUUUGCGUAAGCUAAAUCUAGAUGGUUGCAGUCUAUCGGAAGUGCCGGACAGUCUUGAUCGUUUAUCGUCACUGGAAGUGUUAGAUCUAAGUGGAAACGAUUUUAAGACUAUACCUAUAAGCAUCAACAAACUCUUGGAGUUACAAUAUCUAGGAUUAAGGAAUUGCAAGAGACUUGAAUCAUUACCGGAGCUUCCACCACAGCUAUCAAAGUUGGAUGCAGACAAUUGCGAGAGUUUGAAUUAUCUAGAAUCAAGCUCAUCAACUGUAGUUGAGGGGAACAUUUUUGAAUUCAUUUUCAGUAAUUGCAUGAGGUUGCUUGAGACCAAUCAAAUCUUGGCGUACUCAUUAUUGAAAUUUCAACUUUAUACCAAAAGGUUAUACCAUCAGCUGUCCGAUGUUCCAGAAAGGGCAUGUAGUUUCUGCCUUCCUGGAGUUGUGACUCCGAAGUGGUUUAGCCAUCAAAGUUGGGGAUCUACAGUAACAUUCCAGUUAUCUUCAUAUUGGGCUAAUAGCAAGUUCUUAGGUUUCUCUCUUUGCGCUGUCAUUGCAUUUGAUUCUUUCAACCAUAGUUUGCAAGUUAAAUGCACAUAUCACUUCCACAAUGAGCAUGGUGAUAGUCAUGAUUUCUAUUGCUAUCUCCAUGGUUGGUAUGAUGAGAAGCUCAUUAGCUCAGAUCACAUAUUUGUGGGAUUUGAUCCCUGUUUAGAUGCCAAAAGAAAAGACAUGUUUAGUGAAUAUAAUGAGGUCUCAGUUAAAUUCCAACUGGAAGAUAUGAACGGCAAUUUCUUACCAUUAGAUCUUUGUCAAGUACUCGAGUGUGGGGUCCGUCUACUCUAUGAAGAUGGGAUACAUCAGUUUGAUUUGAUCAUGCCAGGCUUCUCUCGUUUUCAUCCUCUGGAUCGAGAUGGAUUGGAAGCAAGGUUCCAAGCCAAGAGAGCAAGGUCCCAAGGCAUGAGACGGGAUUAUUCUGUCAUGCAUAGGACCUCUGAAUUCUUGGCAUACCUUCAGGAGCCCAAUUUCUCAAAAAGGAUACCUAGCUCUUGCCUCCCUGAAGAUGUAACUCCGGAGUGGUUUAGCCAUCAAAGCUGGGGAUCUACAGUAACAUUCCAGCUAUCGGCUAAUAGCGAGUUUUUGGGUUUCUGUCUUUGCGCUGUCAUUGCAUUUUAUUCUUUCGACUUUGAGUUGCAAGUUAAAUGCACAUAUCACUUCCGCAAUGAGCACGGUGAUAGCCAUGAUCUCUAUUGCUAUCUCCAUAAUGAGUUUGAGGAGAGGCGCAUCAACUCGGAAAACAUAGUUAUGAGAUUUGAUCCCUGUUUGGUUGCCAAAGAAAAAGAUAUGUUUAGGAUAUACAGUGAGGUCUCAGUUGAAUUCCAACUAGAAGAUAUGGACGGUAAUCUCUUACCAUUAGAUCUUUGUCAAGUAGUUGAGUGUGGGGUCCGUCUACUGCAUGCGAAUGAUGGAUUGGAAGCAAUGCACCAAGCCAAGAGAGAAAGGUUCUAUGACCUUGACAUGAGAUGGGAGGAUUAUUUUGGCGUUGUUGUUCGCCGGAGAAAAAAGAGAAGGCAUAAUUAAUAUGAAACUUGGG